AUGGCCAAAGCUCAGGCCAAUCAACAAGCAGCGAUAGCCAAAGCUCAGGCCCAAGUGGAAUUACUCGAACGACAAAGAGAGACGGCAGCGAAAACAGCACGGGCCACAGCAUGGCAGAAGGCGGCCAACACUGCCUCCCUCAACUUUGACCUCGAAGACUUGGGAGAAGAGAGCCCAGAUACUCGGGUCAAGGCCUACAUGAAUGAGCAACACUCGUUUCGAAACGAGCAGAUGGAACCACUUCAGUUGCCUAACAACGACCCAGCCACUGCCCUACGGUUAUCAUGGAAAAGGCUUGACGAACUGUAUGGCACUUUCGGGGACGUAGAAGCAACACUCUUGGAUAGCCUCAACAGUUUUCCUAAAAUUCCUAUUGACAAGCCUCACCGGAUCAUAGACCUCGCUAACAUACUUGUCCAGCUGAGAAUGGCACAAUGGGAUCCCAACUUACUGGGACUCACCUGUCUCGAUCAUGUUGACACGCAGAACAAAAUUGUUCGAAAACUUCCGCAGAACCUGCGAGUCAGAAUUCUUAGUGGCUGUACCUUCCAAAGCAGAAACCAAAAACAGGUCACAGGAACCCUGAAGGAGAAAUUUCUGCUGGUUGAUGGACAAAUUGCAAUCACCGGCAGCUAUAGCUUCACCUGGACUGAUGCUCGCUUGAACCGCCACCUGGUCACUCGCCUUACGGGAGAAGUGACCAAAGUGUUUGACCAUGAAUUUCGCACUCUGUACGCAGCUUCCUGCCCCCUGCCAGCUCUGGAGACGACCCCUCACCUCGAGGUUGCUUCUGCGGCACCUCUACCUAGCACCAAUGGGCCAGAUGUGACUCCAUACAUCAGUGUGUUGGAUGGAGUGCAGCUGUCCAAUCGAAUUGCAGAGCGACGUUCGGUGGCCCCCCAACCUGUGGCCAAGAGCCAGGCUGGUGCGUGGGAACUUGUGUUAGCUUCGCCAGCUACUGCUGAAGAUCCCAUGUUGCCUGCCCCUGCUCCCAAACCAUCUCUCCGAAAUCAGCUUGCAGCAUGGCGGGGUGUGGACUAUUCUGGAGGGGGCCAGCAGGGACCUCCUGAUGGACCCAGUGCUCUUAGCGAUAUCUACAGGAACGUCCAACGAAACCGACUCUCCACUGCCAAGACUACCGGGGCUCGCCCUAGUAAGUCCUUAUGGGACCUCAGCUGUUUGAGCCAGCUGUCUGGGUCUGGCACAAUAGGCUGGGGACGAAACGGCAUAGACUCUGCUGAGGAAGCUAAAAAAUGGGGCUAUCAAGCUACACCAGCAAAGGAAUUGAUGAAACAUCGAGAAUCUGGCCAUGUCCCAGAAGAAGCAAGAAUGCCUUUUUACAUGGUCCAUGGGCGCAUGAAUCCGUCCCCUGGUUACAUACCCCUAGGAAGACUACAAGGACAACUUUACCAUAAGCCUCCCAAUAUAGGUCUAGCCAGGACUUGGGGACAUCCGCCAAAUCCUCAGUAUGGGCAUCCGCCAAGAUUUUGAACUACUUUUGAAGUUCUGAGGCAAUUGGAGGUGGAGGGUGGGGAGAGAUAUCUGAGGUUAACCCAAAUGCAACUGGAAGCAUUAGAUAUGAUUACUUCAACUGCAAGGAAGAAUGAAAGCUUGAUUACAAGAUGGAAUUCCUGACACAUUCUGCUACAGAUUUUUUUUUUUAAUCUAAUGACCUUUCCUAUGAUGCCAUUGCAAAAUUAAGCCCCAAACUUGCUUCCUGUUUAUACAAUGACAAAUGUUUGUAUAGCCAAACAAGCAAGCUGAACAAUUUUUUUAAUGGGGCAGGAAGAUGUAGAAAUCAGCAUGCAUCUCAGAAGGAUUAUCAUCUAUUCAACCAUUUGGGGUGAAGCUGCUGAAACACCCUGAAUCAAUAUUAAGCCACCUUUCCCCUCUACACAUUAAUAAAAACAGAAG